AUGGCUGCAUCGCCAGCAGAGCACCCCAACGUUCUGCAAUCUUCUUUUUCUCAGAUAGACGCAGACACCGAUGCCAACAUCCCGGGGUGGCGCAGAUAUGUCCAUCUGUAUACCCCCCUGGCCGCCGGUGUGCUCGUCAGCCUUUACGACGCUCAAAGCGCCGCGCCGUCAUACGACUUCGAUAACAGCGGUAACCGUAUGAUCCUGCUCGUAAUAUCAGCCGCCAUACCUACAUAUCUCAUCAGCUCCGUGGUGUAUCCAAUACACCGCCCUGAGCCCACUCCCGGCCAAUCGGUCCGCUUUACACGCAAGAACACCAUCUACCGCGUCGGCGUCCUCGCAACUUAUGGUCGCCUAUAUGGCACACGCUUUAAUAUUUUAUUCUUUCUGGCAGAUGUCGCAUUGAGCUUCGGCGCAGAUCACCUGGUAGGCGAGCGUCCGGCAGGCGCCGAACAGCGGCCAUCAGAGUUUCUCGUUGCUUUGCUGUGGGUCCUCGGCAGUCAGAUUGUGUCUUUGGUCAUACCGUACAAUACGCCUGUGAUUGGGUUUGUUAUCGGUGCAAUCGACCGGACCUUGUGGCGUACGGCAUAUGUCGCACUCAUGGACGACGUAAUCGGCGUCCUGACGCGUCCACAUGUGGACACGUUCUGGGGGAAAGCUACACUGAUACUGGUGCAAACUUUUACCAUGGUUUCAAUCGUGUACCUGGUAGUUGCCCGACGCAAGCGUAUGCAUGAAGAACGCAUCAAGGCUCAAGUCGCUAAGGAGCCGGAGCCAAGUUCGCAGGUUCAGGCUUAG